GGGGAAGCAGGAGGCAGCGGCACGAGGGUGAGCCGGCCCGGUCCCAGGCCGCCGGAGACAGCGGGCCCGUCCCAGGGUAGUUUGGGCAAAGAAGAUGAUACCUCUGUGCAGCAAAUGGUCACUUGGAACCAUGUCGUUUCCACUGUCCUCAGUGUUGAUUCUCUUAGUUGUGUCAACUACUUUCUGGUGUCAGACAAAAGCUAGUGAUGGGACACAGUUUCCUUGGAAUAACAUGAGACUUCCUGAGCACAUCAUCCCAGUUCAUUAUGAUCUCAUGAUCCAUGCAAAUCUCACCACUCUGACAUUCAAGGGGACCACGGCAGUAGACAUCAUAGCCAGCCAGGCCACCAAUGCCAUCAUCUUGCAUAGUCACCACCUGCAGAUAUCUAAGGCCACCCUCAAGAAGGGAGCUGGAGAGACGCAGUCCGAAGAACCACUGCGAGUCUUGGAACGCCCAUCCCAUGAGCAAAUUGCACUUCUGGCUCUCAAGCCUCUGGUGGUUGGGCUCCUGUACACAGUUGUCAUCGAUUAUGCCGGCAAUCUUUCUGAGAGCUUCUAUGGAUUUUAUAAAAGCACCUACAAAACCAAGGAAGGGGAAGUGAGGAUUCUUGCAUCAACACAAUUUGAACCUACUGCAGCCAGAAUGGCCUUUCCCUGCUUUGAUGAACCUGCCUUCAAAGCGAGUUUUUCUAUCAAGAUCAGAAGGGAGCCAAGGCACCUGGCCAUCUCCAAUAUGCCGUUGGUGAAAUCCGUGACUGUUGCUGAAGGACUCAUAGAAGACCAUUUUGAUGUCACUGUCAAGAUGAGCACCUACCUGGUGGCCUUCAUUGUUUCAGAUUUUAAGUCUAUCAGCAAGAUGACCAAGAGUGGAGUCAAGGUUUCCGUGUAUGCCGUGCCGGACAAGAUCAACCAGGCCGACUAUGCACUGGACGCUGCGGUGACCCUGCUGGAAUUUUAUGAGGAUUAUUUUAGCAUUCCAUAUCCCUUACCCAAACAAGAUCUUGCUGCUAUUCCUGACUUUCAGUCUGGUGCUAUGGAAAACUGGGGACUGACCACAUACAGGGAAUCUGCUCUCUUGUUUGAUGCGGAAAAGUCUUCUGCAUCAAGUAAGCUCCACGUCACGAUGAUUGUAUCCCAUGAACUCGCCCAUCAGUGGUUUGGGAACCUGGUCACUAUGGAAUGGUGGAAUGAUCUUUGGCUAAAUGAGGGAUUUGCCAAGUUUAUGGAGUUCGUGUCUGUCAGUGUGACUCAUCCAGAACUGAAAGUUGAAGAUUAUUUCCUGGGCAAGUGUUUUGAUGCAAUGGAGGUAGAUGCAUUAAAUUCUUCUCACCCUGUGUCCACCCCUGUGGAGAAUCCUGCCCAGAUUCGGGAGAUGUUUGAUGAGGUUUCUUAUGAGAAGGGAUCUUGUAUUCUGAAUAUGCUAAGGGAUUAUCUUGGUGCUGAUGCAUUUAAAAGUGGUAUUGUACAUUAUCUCCAGAAAUAUAGUUAUAAAAACACAAAAAAUGAGGACCUGUGGAAUAGUAUGGCAAGUAUUUGCCCUACAGACAGCACACAAGGGAUGGAGGGCUUUUGCUCUAGGAGUCAACAUUCAUCUUCAUCCUCACACUGGAAACAGGAAGGCCUUGAUGUGAAAACCAUGAUGAACACCUGGACACUGCAGAAGGGCUUCCCCCUGAUAACCAUCACAGUCAGAGGGAGGAAUGUACACAUGAAGCAAGAGCACUACAUGAAAGGAUCUGAUGGCACCCCAGAAACUGGGUACCUGUGGCAUGUUCCAUUGACAUUCAUCACCAGCAAAUCAGACUCAGCCCAUAGAUUUUUGCUGAAGACAAAAACAGAUGUGCUCAUCCUCCCAGAAGAGGUGGAAUGGAUCAAAUUUAAUGUGGGAAUGAACGGCUAUUACAUUGUGCAUUACGAGGAUGAUGGAUGGGAUUCUCUGACCAGCCUUUUAAAAGGAACACACACAGCAAUCAGUAGUAAUGAUCGGGCCAGCCUCAUUAACAAUGCGUUUCAGCUUGUCAGCAUUGGAAAGCUGCCAAUUGAAAAAGCCUUGAAUUUAACCCUGUACUUGAAACAUGAAAUGGAAAUUAUGCCUGUGUCCCAAGGUUUGAGUGAGCUGGUGCCUAUGUAUAAGUUAAUGGAGAAAAGAGAUAUGAAUGAAGUGGAAACUCAGUUCAAGGCCUUUCUCAUCAGGCUGCUGAAGGGCCUCAUUGACACGCAGAGCUGGACCGACGAGGGCUCCACCUCGGAGCGGAUGCUGCGGAGUCAGCUCCUGCUCUUCGCCUGCGUGCGCAGGUACCAGCCCUGCGUGCAGAGGGCCGAGCGCCACUUUCGAGAGUGGAAGGAAGCCAACGGAAACCUGAGGCUGCCCAGCGAUGUGACCUUGGCAGUGUUUGCUGUGGGGGCCCAGACCACUGAAGGAUGGGAUUUUCUUUACAAUAAGUAUCAGUCUUCUCUGUCGGGCACUGAGAAAUAUCAAAUUGAAUUUGCCCUCUGUGUUAGCCAAAAUAAGGAAAAGCUUCAGUGGUUACUAGAACAAAGUUUUAAGGGGGAAGGAAUAAAAACACAAGAGUUUCCAGGUAUUCUUACAAGUAUUGGCAGAAACCCAGUGGGAUAUCCAUUGGCCUGGCAGUUUCUAAGGGAAAAUUGGAAUAAACUCAUACAAAAGUUUGCGCUUGGCUCAUCUUCCAUAGCCCACAUGGUAGUGGGGACAACAAAUCAGUUCUCUACAAGAGCGCGGCUUGAAGAGGUGAAAGGAUUCUUCAGCUCUUUGAAAGAAAACGGUUCUCAGCUCCGUUGUGUCCAACAAACAAUUGAAACCAUCGAGGAAAACAUACGCUGGAUGGACAAGAAUUUCGACAGAAUCAGAGUGUGGCUCCAAAACGAACACCUUGAACUGCUGUAAUGAUUUGUUCUUUGUUGGUUCCCGUGAUCUGUAAUCACCAAAAUUUUGUUGACUAUGAGUAUUUUCAAACUAGAGAUGGCUGUUUUGGCUCCCACUGAAGAUGGACCUUUUCCUUCGACUUCUUUCUCAUUUGACCAGCCCUGUGAAAAGCCCAGCUGUUCAUUUUCUCAUCAAUGGGUCAUGUCUGUCAUGUGUUUCAUUUAUGGGUAUUGCCUGCAAUGGAGACCCAAGGGGUGGGUUCCCCAACUACCGAGGAGUAAAGCACCUUAUUCUUCUUAUUUUAUACGUAAGCCCCCAGUCUCCAAACCCCUCACGAGCUGUUUUGUUAGCCUCCAGACAACACUGAACAGUGGGAACUGCUGACCACGACCACCUGAAUCCUCGACUAAGCCAGGAUGAGUCUGGUCGGCUUCCCGCCUUCUCUUCCUCGCCGCCCGCGUGUCGGGCUGGGCAUCAGGCGUCCAUGCUCUCUAGCUUGUGGUCAGCCUCCCAGCAGGGCAGAUUGGAGCUGGGGUGGGAAAGAGGAGGCGGGGUGUUUAUUCCCCUCUUUCCCUUGCAGGUCGACUUAGGCUGGGCCCCAUUGAAGGUCUCCAGUCUGGAGGGGCGGACCCCUUUCCCACUCAGCUCUCCCCAUCUCUGCAUUCUAGUGCCUGCUUCCUCUCUCACCCCUUCAGGACGGGGGGCAAAGUGGCAGCCGGGCUUUUACUAGUCCUGGCUCUACUUGUGGUUCCCAUACCUCCCUGCACUUGCCUUUGCUUCAAAAUAAAACAAGGAAGAACACCUCAUAUGGAACCCUGCUCAGAUAGUCCUAAUUUGAAUGUCAUCUAUUUCCUCAGGGACCCUGACUGAUACAGUGGCCCUUCUGAAACAGCAGAGUAUGUUCAGGUCUAGAGAGAAACCCUCUCAUCUGAAGUUGUACCUGAGAGCUGUUGAUCCUUAGGUAGGCGGGGCUUCCUCUCUCUGCUCGUUAUUUGGCCUAGUUUAUAAUUCUUGACUAACUCAUUAUUGUCACUUAUUGCCAAUAAGUCACUCACUUAUUGCCAAUAAGUCAUGGCAUAGUCUCCCGUGA